GAGCGCGCGGCCCUCACUCCACCCCGGCGCAGACCACUCCCUCCUCCUCCAUCCGUCCGUCCCAUCGCGCGGAGAUGGGCAGGGGAGUUUGCCUGCGGCGCACUUCGGCGAACACUUACUGGGCUCCGUUCGGGGAACAACAGCAAGACCGUCCGGAGAGCGGUUUCCAGGGAAUGAGCUGAGGAGUACCUGAGAGACACGAGCGCGAGCCGCAGCUGACUCCCCCCCGUCCCCCCUUCUCUCUGAAUCUUUGUACUCGCCAGAUUGAUGUCGCCAAACUAGUGGGAGGCUCGGGUCAGUGGGACAGCGGCCGUGCGCGGACUGGUGUCUGUCGGGGGACGCGUGUAAAUCUGGAAGCGGACGCGAAGCACAGAGAGGCGCAGAAGCGGAAGAGCGAGCGGCAGGAACGCGGCGAGGACGACACUUCGACUGGAAGAGAGAAAAGAGUCCGGCUCAGGAUGAAUAGCGGCAAAAUCGAGAAGGAGAACGAGCAGAGCGAAUUCACCAACCACGAGGAGGAGGUCCGAACGCUAUUUGUCAGUGGGCUACCGCUGGAUAUUAAGCCGCGGGAGCUCUAUCUCCUGUUCAGGCCAUUUAAGGGCUAUGAAGGCUCCUUGAUAAAGCUCACCUCCAAACAGCCAGUGGGGUUUGUCAGCUUUGACAGUCGAUCAGAGGCGGAGGCUGCUAAGAAUGCCUUGAAUGGGGUGAGGUUCGACCCAGAGAUCCCACAGACCCUGCGGCUGGAGUUCGCCAAGGCCAACACCAAGAUGGCCAAGAACAAGCUGGUCGGCACCCCCAACCCCCCUCCGUCCCAGCAGAGCCCAGGGCCACAGUUCAUUAGCAGAGACCCCUAUGAGCUCACAGUGCCUGCUCUAUAUCCCAGCAGCCCAGACGUGUGGGCGUCAUACCCUCUGUACCCGGCGGAGCUGUCGCCGGCCCUCCCACCUGCUUUCACCUACCCCUCCUCGCUCCACGCUCAGAUUCGCUGGCUCCCACCUGCAGAUGGAACUCCUCAGGGAUGGAAGUCCAGGCAGUUCUGCUGAAGUAUGUGUUCCUGAUGUGUGAUGGUGGCCGUGGCCGGCUGUGACAGGCGUUGCUGAUUGCCUCUCGUGUCCAAUUCGUAACCGGGAGGACUGACGUGGCUCCGGCACUCUCGAGCAGCGCACCGUUGGCAGCAGCAACAGCCUCAUGGGCCUCAGGACAUACUGGACCUCAGCCUCCAUCACACAUCGAGUACAACCCCCCCUCACCCCAAAAGGCCUCCCAACUUUUUUUUUUUUAUACUGUUACAUACUCGAGAGUUACCAGCAGCGCUUGGGCUUCAUCUCCCCUGAUGCCUCCAUGAAAGGUACUGGGCGUGCAUGACAAAGGCACGCGCACCCUUCGUUUGCCAGUCGACUGCAUCGCCCGUCUAGCUCUCGCUCUGCAUUCUAUACAUGCAAGCUUAAACGCCGACCAAAGGAGUGCAAGUGCAAGGCCACGGGUGUGGAAGUGCAGCUUAAGCGCUGUUGGAUAAUGUUAUUAUAUGACUCUAAUUAUAACUAUUAUGUAUAUCAUUCAUAUUAAUGUUAUUAUGACCAUGAUACAUGUUGAAGCAUGACUUUGCAAAAAAGGAAGAAAAAAAACAAUGCUGUACAUUUUUAGAUAUUUUAAAGAACUACAAAAAGGUAUUUUUGUAAUCAAGACGAUGUUUGAAAUAGCUUUGUUCGAUUGGUUUAAGUUGUGUUGAAGUGUGUGAGGAACUUUUAUAAGUUCUAGUUAUUAUUAUUAUUAGUAGUAGUACUUUGGCCCUUUCUGUUUGGUGCCAUUAUAAGAUGGCGGUCGCUCUGCUAAACCAAAGCAGUCUCGUAGGUUUGCGCUUGUCUUUUCUACUUACCGUGUGGAUUUAGGUUUGCUCGUAUGUAUCUGUGUGGUGUCUUUAACGAGUGCAGCAGACGUAGGAAUCGUGUGCCUGAUUUGCUUCGGUUCGACUGAGCAGUCUCAGUUAACCCCGGGUGACAAAAACACACCUGAUCCAGCUCGUGAUUUUUCACUUUGAUGGAAUCAGACGCGUUAAAACAGAGGCACUGACAGGAAUAAGCCAUCGUUGGUGAAGGUACAGUGACCACAGUGACUGCAAUACAGAGCAGCCUGAGCCCUGCUAUAAUUAGGAACCCACUCCUUCACUGUGUAGCAGGAGGAGUAUAGAGGAACAAAAGACCAAAAGCAUCUUUUUACACUGGAGAGGCAUCUAGGCUAGUGGAGUUAUUCUGUUUUUGACUGCUUUGUAGUCCUCAAUCUGAUUUCUUAUGAAGUAUGACAUUUUUUUGCUGCAUGUCUCUUUUGGUGUCACUCCAAAGAGCCACUCUGCAUCUGAAAGGAUACUCACUUUAAGCAUUUUGUCUCUCUUGUCUAUUUUUAGGGAGCCGACGUGAUUUAACCUGCUUUUGUAAAUUUAGAUUUCACAUACUAGUGAGUGGAGAGAGGAACGACUAAAACAAGCCUUUUGUAAUCCUGUGUAUUCUUGGCCUGCAAUAACGUCUUUGCUGUAGACAUAUCAUCAAGUGAUCAUAAUUCUGUGACAUUUGCUGCCAAAAUUCUCAUUCAUGUCACGUUUGUAUUUUAAAAAAAGAAAAGCAAUUCUGAUUCUUGCUUUAUCCUUGAUGAGGCUAAGUCACGUUUCACUGUGAGGUGAGGUCAUUAACUGAAAUACGAAAACAACAAUCCUCCGUGUAAGUUUGAGUGUACAAUCAUAUUGGAUUGGUUCAAUCAUAUAGUCAGUGUUUGUAAUGAAUAAUAUUAAUAAUAAUAAUAUGCAUCAUAUCAACCGAUUUUCUGAAGCAGUUUUUGCUUUUACAAAUAUUUUUAAAGCCAAGUGUGGCAUCAAAUUUAUUAGAUCAAGUAUUUAUAAGGUGUGUCUGUGUGUUUUUAUGCGUAUUACCGUUUUUAAACUUCAUAGAAGAUGCUCCUCAUAUAAAUCAUUGUAAGUAUUAUUGUAAGUUUAAUUGUAUAUUCCUUUGGUAAAUUUUCUAGAGCUUCAGUUGGUGUUUAUAUCUGACUGAUUGGAACAUACUGUGUGUGGUAAAUUAAUACUGUUUUACCUACAUAAUUCACUGUGAAAUUCAGAGAAAAACAUGCUCUUUGAAUGAAUGGAUGUUUGCGUGUUUUGCCAGCAGUACGGUACAGGUGUUCCUGGAAGUUAAAUAUGAUGACCCCCUGUUUCUGUCAAUGCAGAAUACUCCUUUUCUUGUUUAGUAUACUGUGUGUAGCUGUGUGUUCUGUGCAUGUUCACGGCAUGUGUGUUCUUUUUGUUUUCUUGAUGCAUAGAGUACUGUUGAAAUGUACGUACUUAUCCGCUGUAAGGAGAAACUAUUUCAGUGAAUUGCAGAGGCUGUUUGUGUGAAGAAAAAAAACGAUCAAAACGAGAGGUUUUUAUGAGAAUGUUAAAUGAAGACAUUUCAGGCCAUCUGCCAUUAAAGAUUGACGUCAUCCUU